AUGAGUGCCCCACCGGAACUUGAAACUCUCGCCGAGAUUCAAGAAGAGCUGCGGUUGGCUCGCAUGGUGACGGAGCCUGACACGGAUUUCGUGAAGGAACCGGAAGAAAUGACCCCGCGUCCCAACGUGAGGCGGACAUUCAGUCUACGACCGCAACAAAAGCCUCCGUUCUCCCGUUCGUGGGACCAGCCGAAACCUGUCCGCCGCAUGAGCCAUGGAACAGAUAUGCCUAGGGGUGAAUUCCACGAGUACCUAGUGGAAGUGGAUGCUGUUAUGAAGAAGCUUUUGGAGCAGGAGGACACAGACAACGAUAACCAAAUAAGCAUCACCGACCACGGACCGAAAUCUAUUCAGCUGGAACUAUUGAAUGGGCAUGGAAAGACAGGAGAAGUAAGAGGCACAUACAUGCUCUCAAACUUGCUGCAGGAAUUGGCCCUGGCACAGGAACAGGGACUGCAGCACAUUGUCAUCUCCGAGGCGCGGUUGGCGGAGAACCCGAUCAAUCGACUUUCGCGCAUGAUUCGCGACACUUUCUGGGACAAUCUGACGCGCCGUAUUGAUGCAGAUGGCCUGGAGCGUAUUCUCUCUGAUCCGAAAAACCGGUCAUCGUACAACAGGCAGGUCCUCUAUGUACCGGCGGGGGAGCCAGAGAUGAUAAAGUAUUACCGUCGCGUGGCAGAAGAACGACCAGGGCUGCGACUCGAGGUCGAAGUGCUGCCCGAGACAUUUUCGCCCGAAUAUGUGCGUGAUCUGAACCGACGCCCUGGCCUGCUGGCCAUUGCCAUGGAGUCCCGUCCUGAUGAAGAGACUGGCCUUAUUGAUAUGAAAGGCAUUCCCUUCGUGGUGCCAGGUGCACGAUUCAACGAGCUCUACAAUUGGGAUAGCUACUUUAUCGCCUUGGGACUACUUGAGGAUGGGCGUGUUGACCUUGCUAAAGGGGCUGUGGAUCACUUUAUCUUUGAGAUCAAGCACUACGGCAAGAUCAUGAACGGGAAUCGCACUUAUUACCUACUCCGUUCGCAGCCACCCUUCCUUACCGACUUUUCUCGCCGCAUCUAUGAGUACCUCAUGAAGGAGUCGCCCGAUAAAGCGCAGGAGCACAGAAGCUGGCUCCAUACAGCUUUGAGCGCCGCUAUCAAGGAAUACUUCACUGUUUGGAUGAGCGAGCCUCGGUACGAUCCCGAGACGGGCUUGUCACGCUACCAUCCUGAAGGACUCGGUGUACCGCCGGAGACAGAGGCUUCACAUUUUACGACAUUACUGCGUCCAUAUGCCGACAAAUACGGAUGCAGUGUUAAUGAAUUCACGCGCAUGUAUAACUACCAGAAAGUGUCUGAACCUGAGCUUGACGAAUAUUUCCGCCAUGACCGAGCAGUACGCGAGAGUGGGCACGACACGUCCUACCGCGUAGAGCGACGUUGCGCUAACCUGGUCACAAUUGAUCUACAGGCACUAUUAUUCAAGUACGAGAUGGAUCUGGGCGAGCUGAUUCGUGAUGUAUAUGAUGAUAACUUUAUUCUCAGCGAAGACUUUGAUAUGCAUGCACAUGCAGGCAUCGCGCAGCGCCGCUCGAUCGAUGCGCCUCUCCAGAGCCAAGAGUGGUUUGCUCGCGCCGAGUUCCGACGCCAGCAGGUGGAUACAUACUUGUGGAAUGACGGGCGUAGUCUUUAUUUCGACUACGAUAUCAUCGAAAAGGAGCAAAGCCUCUAUGAAAGUGUCACAACAUUCUGGACGAUGUGGUCGGGUAUGGCGUCAGAGCAGCAAGCGGCAAACAUGGUGCGCCAUUCUCUGCGCAAAUUUGAAGUCACAGGAGGUCUCGUGUCUGGAACAGAGGAGUCACGAGGCCCCGUGUCGCUCUCGCGCCCGAACCGUCAAUGGGACUAUCCAUACGCAUGGCCGCCGCACCAGAUGCUUGCCUGGGAGGGCCUCCGAAAAUACGGCUAUAUGGAAGACGCCCGUCGUCUUGCGUAUCGCUGGAUCUUCAUGAUGACAAUCGCAUUCGUUGACUUUAACGGUGUUGUGCCUGAAAAGUUUGACGCAGUCACACUCAGCCAUCUGGUGAAUGCCGAGUACGGCAACCAAGGCUUGGGCUUUGCGUAUGUGCCCAAGGAAGGCUUUGGGUGGAUGAACGCGAGCUUCCAGGUGGGGUUGACGUAUCUUGACAGCCAUAUGCGGAAAGCUGUGGCAGUUUGCCAGCAUCCAGACGCGCUCUUUCAGACACGCCGUCGCAACUCGUAUUUCAAGGAGCUGCUUCGAUCAUAG